AUGUCCCUAUAUAUGAAUGAAAAGAAUCAUAAACCAGCCGUUGGAGAAAAUUCGGAACCAGUAAAAAAAAAUAACAGAAUUUUCAAGGGAAAUCCCAAUUAUGUGAAUUUUCUUAAUCGAGAGAUCAAGGAAUUUUUCCAAAACAAACUAGCCAACACCUAUAAUGAAAAACCAUAUUUUCAGGAUUCUAAGAUAAACAAUAGAGGAAAAGUGAUAUAUAAGAAAGAUAAGGAUUUCGAAAAUUGGGGUGGUUCAAUUUGGACUAAUAAUCAGAAAGAAGUAUUUUUCAAUUGCCUUGCAAGGUAUUCAAUUCAUCAAAUUGAUGCAAUUUGCGAUAACUUACCUGAGAAGUCAGAGAUCGAAAUAAUGAACUAUUAUGAUUCUCUUGCAAAUGAAUUAAAAAGAUUAAAAGGGCAAGUGGUGAAAAGGCGAAAGUAUCAUCAAGUUAAAAUAAUCAGGGACCAAAAAGAAAUUGAAUAUAGAUAUAAAAGUUUACCCAACAGAAAAAACUUACUUAAAUAUGAAAAUAUACCAGCUGCAUACGAAAUGAGUGAGAAUUUCAUAAGAAUGGAGGAAAUACAGGCCGAAAUGAUAUGUCAACGAGAACGAAGCAAAACCAAUGACGAAAAUCAAAGGUUCAAGCGUCAAUUUAAUGAGUAUACCGUAAGGAAAAGACAAAAGAAGGACAAAAAUGAAAGUGAUAUAUCUGAACAACAAGUAGAGGUGGAAAAAGUUGAAGAAGAUAUAGGGGGUUUAAUAAAUUACGAUAAUGCCUGUGAGCUUACUAGAAGCCUAUAUCUGAAUAAUAGAAUAACCCCAUUGCACAACAACAAAUUAGUACCAAAAUUGCAUUACAAAUCACUCGUAUGCUUUGAUGAGAUAGUUAGACUAACGACUGAAAAGAUUUUAUUAAAGAUUAUAGAAUAUAAAGUAGUUCUGAUGUGGUUAAAUCAAAGACAAAUACCUUUCGAAGAAAAUUUGAUACCAAUUAAAAUUGCACAUGGUGAUAUUUAUCGAGCUGUUAAUAAUUUAAAUCUUUUUGAAAUACCGAAGAGUGGAUAUCAAUCUCUUAAAAAGGCAGAGGGUAGACCAAUGAGAAUUAAUAAUUAUUUUUCUCUAUUACCCGAAAGGUUGAACGUUAAAAUAGGCGACAACAUGGCAAAUAAGGAGAAAACGAGCUUGUCUAAGGAUUCCUACAAGAAAUUGAUUCUUAAUGAUACAGAUAGAAAAUAUGGUGAAAGAUUCAAAGCAGAAUUUGUAAAUAACGAAUUUACUUCGGUUGAUAAUUUAAACCACAAAAAGAUAGAAACAAUAAGCUAUAAUGCAACACCUAUUCCACAUAUAUCUUCGUUACCCAAUAGCAAGCCUACAAUUAUAAAUGAGAUUAGACUAACAAACCAUAAACAUGCUAAUGAAUUAGAGGAAUUAAUAGAAUUUGAGAUUUUUAAAUUAGAACUGCAAACUUUGGAUGAACAUGAUUCACAUAAAUCAACUACUUACGAACACUCAUUAUUAACAUAUUUAACUCUGUAUAAAAGGCACGAUGAGAGUGUUAAAGAUUCAAUGUAUAAUAAUGAUGAAGCCGAAGCAAUAUUAGCCCAAAAUGAACGUUCAGAUACUGAUUUACUUCUAUCGGAUGACCAAGAAACUGAUGAAGCUAUAAUUAAUUUUGAUGCUAAUGAAGAAGAAGAAGACGACGAAAUAGAAGAAGAAGAAGAAAUAGAAGAAGAAGAAAUAGAAGAAGAAGAAAUAGAAGAGCAAGAAGUAGAUAAGAGGAAGGAACAGGUAGAACAGAACAAACUCACCGAACCCAAAGUAAUUAUCACAAAGUCAUUGCUUCAUAACUUUAACUACAUGUUUGCCAGUUAUAGUGAUUCUGAUUAG